GACAAUACAAUAAAUAGAAAACUAUGGUUCACAGAAUAAAAGCUGUCUUGACAAAUUACUACCUGAAGUAAGAUGUCUCGGUUAGAAGCUAAAAGGCCCUCAUUAUGUAAAAGCGAACCACUGACAAGCGAGAGAGUGAAGGCCACACUCUCUGUCUUGAAAGGAGUCGUCACAUCCUGCUACGGGCCAGCAGGGAGGCUGAAGCAGCUGCACAAUGGCCGUGGGGGCUCCGUGUGCACCACCUCCCAGUCAGCUGCCCUUCUCGCCAGCCUGCCAGUCACCCAGCCCAUCUUAAAGAUCCUGACGACCUCUGUGCAGAAUCACGUGUCCUGCUUCAGUGACUGUGGCUUAUUCACAGCCAUUCUCUGCUGCAACCUGGUUGAAAAUGUUCAGGGAGUAGGCUUGACAACCACCACUGCCAUUAAAUUAAAUAAGCAUCUUUUGAGCCUCUGCACCGAGUACCUAAAAUCUGAGAUCUGUGGUUGUCGCAUCCCUAUCGACUUUGGUAGCACUCAGCUCCUCCUCUGUUUGGUGCGCAGUCUAUUAACAAGUAAACCAGCCUGUAUGCUCAACAGAGAGGAGGUCGAGCACAUCAGUACUUUGAUUCUGAGAGCCUUUCUGCUUACCGUUCCAGAAAACGCCAAAGACCGCAUCAUUUUAGGAAAGAGUAUAAUUGUCCCUUUAAAAGGUCAGAGAGUUAUAGAUUCUACUGUGUUACCUGGAGUACUUAUUGAAAUACCAGAAGUUCAAAUGAUGAAGAUCUUACCUAUCAAAAAGUCAGAUUCCUUCAAGGUGGCACUCUUCUGUGCAUCUUUAUCCGGAGACCUUUCUGAGACUGGAGAAGGGACUGUGGUGCUCAGCCAUGGAGUUUCUCUUGAAAACGCAGUCCUGGACCAGUUGCUUAACCUAGGGAGGCAGCUAGUUAGUGAUCACGUAGAUCUUGUCAUGUGCCAAAAAGUUAUCCACCCAUCUUUGAAACAGUUUCUCAGAACACAUGGUGUUAUUGCCAUGGACAGAGUUGGAGUGGCUCUAAUGGAACCCCUGAGUAAAGUGACAGGAACACAGCCCAUUGGUUCCCUAAAUUCAGUCUCUCCCAGUAGUUAUGGAAGUGUGAAAGAUUGGUGCACUGCAAAAUUUGGCUUCAAACAUUUUUUUCAUCUUAUUCCCAAUGAGACAACUGUCUGCAGCUUGCUUCUCUGCAACAGAAAUGACACAGCCUGGGAUGAGCUGAAGCUCACAUGUCAAACAGCACUGCAUGCUUUGCAGUUAACAAUCAAGGAACCCUACGUUUUGUUGGGAGGUGGCUGUACUGAAACUCAUUUGGCGGCAUAUAUCAGACACAAGACUCGUGAUGAGCCAGAAAGUAUUCUCAAAGGUGAUGGAUGUACCCAGACAGAACUCCAGCUGAUGAGUGAAGCAUUCUGCAGUGCACUCGAAACUCUCGCUGGCUCUUUGGAACACGAUGGAGGUGAAAUUCUCACUGACAGGAAGUAUGGACACUUUUGGUCAGUUCAGGCAGAUUCUCCCUCUGCUGUGAACUGGCCAGAUUUGCUUUCAAGAUGCGGCUGUGGACUCUACAGCAGCCAGGAGGAACUCGGCUGGUGUUUCUUAAGGGGUGCCCAUCAUCCUUUCAUGCCACAGACCUGCCUUCCACGUGAAGCUUCGGGGUCAGCCAAUGACCUGACCUUGGACUGUUUUACUGCCAAGCUUAGUGGCCUGCAGGUGGCUGUGGAGACUGCCAAUUUGAUUUUGGAUCUUUCGUAUGUCAUUGAAGAUAGAAACUGACAUAAGGGAAUAGCAUGUUUAUAUUACAAAGAGAAAAACUGGCGAGGUGUCUCUCAAAGGCCUGUUCUGCCUAUUUGGAUUGAUAAUUCAUAAAAUUAUAGAUUUACUUAUUUGAGGAAAAAAGACUGGAUCCUUGAAUAGAAAUACCCUAAAAUAAUUCACGGUGGCCUAGCAGUGUUGCUGUGGCUCUGGCAUAGGCCGGCGGCUGCAGCUCCGAUUAGAUCCCUAGCCUGGGAACCUCCAUAUGCCGCGGGAGUGGCCCUAGAAAAGGCAAAAAAGACCAAAAAAAAAAAAAAUUAAGCGUUAUUAAGGACAUGAUAAUAAUCUAGGGGAUUCCACAGAUACCACUGUACAUCGUUCUAAAUUUUUGUUCUCUUUAUUUUGACAUCAUUCUAAUAAGAGCAUGUAGAAUUUAUUUUAAUUCCUAAGAAAAAUUCUGUGCUUUUGUUUGGAUAUACUCAUUAAAGAUAUUUUUUACUUAGUAAAUUUACAUGUGUUUAAAAUAUA